GUAAAUACUCCUGUAACGAAUCAGAGACAGGAGGAUCAUGCUGGUCACACAUCAUUGACACAGUUAAACUGACAGAAUUAGAAAUACCAAAACCUGAAGUGACCGUUAAACCUGCUCAACAUGUAUUCAGAGGAGAGACAGUCACUCUCAGAUGUGACAUAUAUGAUGAAGGAGUCACAAGCUGGCAGUACAGCUGGUAUAAAGAAGGUGCAACCAGUGUUUUCAGUGAUCGACAGGAACACGCAUUCAGUUCUGUUACUGAGUCUGACGCAGGUAAAUACUCCUGUAAAGGAUCAGAGGCAGAAGGAUCACGCUGGUCACAAAUGAGUGAUGCAGUUACACUGACAGUAUCAGAUGUUCCCACACCAACUCUGUCUGUUGAGCCACAGAGUUCAGUGUUCACUGGAGAUUCAGUUACUCUGAGAUGUGAGAUGAUUCAGUCACACAAUGGAUGGGAGUUUCUCUGGAGAAAAGACUCAAAUCGUGAAUCUACUGAAACUGCAUCUAAAAUAAUCAAUGCUGUGAAAGUCUCUGAUGGAGGAGAGUACAGGUGCAGAGCACGAAGAGGAAGAUAUUACACUGAUUACAGUAAACCAGUAAUAGUGACAAUACAUGGCAAACCAAAAUCCAAAGUGACCAUUAAACCUGCUCAACAUGUAUUCAGAGGAGACACAGUCACUCUCAGAUGUGACAUAUAUGAUGAAGGAGUCACUAGCUGGCAUCACAGCUUGUAUAAAGUAGGUUCAGCCAGUGUUUUCAGUGAUCGACAGGAACACACAUUCAGUUCUGUUACUGAGUCUGACGCAGGUAAAUACUCCUGUAAUGGAUCAGAGACAGAAAGAUCACGCUGGUCACAAAUGAGUGAUGCAGUUACACUGACAGUAUCAGAUCCCAGUGCAGUUUUAAGUGUUUCUCCACAGAAGUGGUUGACUGAAGGAGAUCCAGUGACUUUAAACUGUGAGGUUUACAACUUUUCUACAGGCUGGACAUUCAGCUGGUUCACUUUAACUGUCUCACCAAAUAACAGCCGUCAUUAUAAUCUGCUCUCAGACAGCAGCAGAGGAGCAGGAGGAAACUACACUGUCAGUUCUGCUGCUCUAAAUCACACAGGAGUUUAUUCACGCAGAGCAGAGAGAGAGAAAUCAGCCUAUAAAACACAGUACAGCAACACACAGCUGCUGUGGGUCACUGGUGUUUCUCCUCCAGUCUCUCUGAUCGUCAGUCCCAGCAGAACUCAACACUUCACAUCUGUCUCUCUCUCUCUGAGCUGUGAGGACCAGAGUAACUCUACUGGAUGGAGAGUGAGAAGAUACACAGAUGAUGGACAGCUGGAAUAUUGUUCAUUACGUCGAAUAUCACAAAGAGGACCUACAUGUACAAUCAGCUCCACCAACACAUCAGACACUGGAGUGUACUGGUGUGAGUCUGAAUCUGGAGAGAAACAUCAUCCUGUUAAUAUCACUGUACACUUAUCUGGUGUGAUUCUGGACAGUCCUGUUCACCCUGUGACUGAAGGAGAUCAUCUGAUUCUACACUGUUUAUAUCGAUACACAACCUCACCAAACCUCAGAGCUGAUUUCUAUAAAGAUGGAUCACUCAUCCUGAAUCAAACUACAGAGAUGAGCAUCACUACUGUCUCAAAGUCACAUGAGGGUUUCUACUACUGCAAACACCCAGAGAGAGGAGAGUCACCCAAGAGCUGGAUCUCAGUCAGACGAAUCUCAAAUGAUCACUGCUUGUUUCAUUCAGAAUCUCAGAUCUCUGUCCUCAACAUACUCAGUUCUGUUCUGACAGUUUGUCCAUAUCUGCUAGUGACAGUCGUGCUGAUUUUCAAAUGCUGUAGAAUGAGAGACAGCAGCAGAGGAGCAGGAGGAAACUACACUGUCAGUUCUGCUGCUCUAAAUCACACAGGAGUUUAUUCGUGCAGAGCAGAGAGAGAGAAACCAGUCUAUAAAACACAGUACAGCAACACACAGCAGCUGUGGGCCACUGGUGUUUCUCCUCCAGUCUCUCUGAUCGUCAGUCCCAGCAGAACUCAACACUUCACAUCUCUCUCUUUCUCUCUGAGCUGUGAGGACCAGAGAUCUACAUGUAUAAUCAGCUCCACCAUCACAUCAGACACUGGAGUGUACUGGUGUGAGUCUGAAUCUGGAGAGAAUCAUCAUCCUGUUAAUAUCACUGUACACUUAUCUGAUGUGAUUCUGGAGAGUCCUGUUCAUCCUGUGACUGAAGGAGAUCAUUUGUGUGCUGAUUUUCAAAUGCUGCAGAAUGAGAGUCUGGAGAGAGUCCCGGCACUGUGGAAGACCUCCUGCGUGGUUCCUGUUCCCAAAAUUUCACAUCCAAAGGAGCUGAACCACUAUAGACCUAUUGUAUUAACCUCCCACCUGAUGAAGGCCAUGGAGAGGAUUGUCCUCAGCUACCUCCGAAACCAGGUGAGCUCAGUACUAGACCCGCUGCAUGCUUUCAACACCAUCCAAUCAUCGCUGCUGAGAGGGAAGCUGGAAGUGGCAGGUAUGGACCAACAUCUGGCUGCUUGGAUCAUCGACUAUCUUACUGAUAGGCCACAGUUCGUCAGGUUGCCUGAUUUUAAGUACAACUCCCAUCACUGUCACCUGCAGAAGUUCUCAGACGACACCGCCAUUGUUGGUUGUGUGUCCGGGGAGAAUGAGCAGGAAUACACGGGGGUCAUUGCUGACUUUGUGGACUGGUGUGACUCCUCCCACCCCUUGCACCACACUUUUUAG